AGGCGCUCCUCGUUCAGCUUCCCUCUGUUGACAUGCAGUAACCGGCACGCGGGAGUUACCGUUACCGUUAACGUUACUGCCUCCUUUCGGUUCCACACGGGGAAUAUGGCUGUGUUGAAGAUACAAGACCAGCGCAGCAGUGAGGAUAUGCAGCUUCCUGUGCGCUGCUAGGCAGCCAGAGCUCAUUCUGCCGCAUGCCGCUCACCGCCACCAUUACGCAGAGGAAUUCCCUGCUGUCUCCGCUACUGCUGCUCACGGAGAGAGGAGAGGAGAGAGGAGAGGAGACAUGCUGCAAAGCAACACUGACAGAUAGAGGACAGAGCUGGAUCCCAUUUGGAUUUUACAUGAAGAUGUGCAGCGUUUGUCUACGAGGAAAUUACUCCGUUUCUGGGAUUUAUUGCUGACCUUUGUCCCCCUGAAUUGGGCAUGUAUGUAAGAGGGAACACGGUGUAUUUAUGUGUGUAUGCGUGAGGGAGCGUGUAAGUGUGUGUGUGUGUGUGUGUGUGUGUGUGUGUGUGUGUGAGUGUGAGUGUUCCUGAUGCGGUCAGAACGGGCAAGUCGUGUGUGUAUCGUGGUGCUGGAGGAGGUGGAGGAGGAUGAGCCCUCCUCUUCACCCCCACCUCCCCGGCCCAAAUCCUCUCCAGACCGCAGACCCCAUCAUGCCUCUCGAAGGGCUGCCGCUCCGGAGGAGAAGCCGUCUCUGUUGAGAGCCAUCUUCAAUGUCGACCCGGAUGAAGUUCGCUCCCUCAUAUUCAAGAAAGAGGAUGUCAACAUUCAGGACAAUGAGAAGAGGACGCCUUUGCAUGCUGCAGCCUACCUGGGAGACGCUGAGAUCAUUGAACUGCUCAUCCUCUCAGGAGCCAGAGUUAAUGCCAAAGAUAACAAGUGGUUGACUCCUCUUCACCGAGCUGUCGCCUCUUGUAGUGAGGAUGCAGUGGCAGUGUUGCUGAAGCACAGUGCAGAUGUUAAUGCCCGGGACAAGAACUGGCAGACGCCGCUCCACGUCGCAGCGAGCAACAAGGCGAUGCGCUGUGCCGAGGCUCUGGUCUCGCUGCUUAGCAACGUCAAUGUGUCUGACCGGGCGGGACGCACUGCCCUGCACCACGCGGCCUUCAGUGGACACGUAGAGAUGGUGAAGUUGCUGCUGUCCAGAGGAGCUAACAUUAAUGCAUUUGACAAGAAGGACCGGAGAGCCAUCCACUGGGCAGCCUACAUGGGUCACCUGGAGGUGGUGAAGUUAUUGGUGGCCAGUGGAGCAGAGGUUGACUGCAAGGACAAAAAAGCCUACACUCCGCUCCAUGCAGCCGCCUCCAGUGGCAUGAGCAGCACAGUGCACUACCUGCUCAGCCUGGGGGUCCACAUCAAUGAGGUGAACGGCUAUGGCAACACGCCACUCCACUUGGCCUGUUACAAUGGACAGGACGUGGUGGUCAGUGAGCUCAUCGAGGCGGGGGCCAACGUCAACCAGGUGAAUGAGAGGGGGUUUUCUGCUCUCCACUUUGCCUCCACCUCACGCCAGGGGGCGCUGUGCCAGGAGCUGCUGCUGGCCCACGGCGCUCACAUCAACAUGCGGAGUAAGGAUGGUAAAACCCCCCUUCACAUGGCAGCGACCCAUGGAAGGUUCUCCUGCUCUCAGGCCCUCAUUCAAAAUGGAGCCGAGAUCGAUUGUGAGGACAAGAGCAGAAACACUGCCCUUCACAUAUCUGCCCGCUAUGGCCAUGAGCUCAUCAUCACGGCUCUCAUCAAACACGGAGCCAACACCGCCAAGAGAGGCAUUCAUGGGAUGUUCCCUCUACACCUGGCAGCUCUUAGCGGCUUCUCGGAUUGCUGCAGGAAGCUGCUGUCCUCAGGGUUUGACAUGGACACCCCUGAUGACUUUGGAAGGUCCUGUCUACAUGCUGCUGCAGCUGGAGGAAACCUGGAGUGUCUGAAACUGCUGUUAAACAUCGGAGCGGACUUCAACAGGAGAGACAACUUUGGAAGGACCCCACUACACUAUGCAUCAGCCAACUGUAACUACCACUGUGUGUUUGCCUUGGUGGGCUCUGGGGCAAGCAUCAAUGAGCUGGACCAGAGAGGCUGCAGCCCCCUGCACUACGCUGCUGCAGCUGACACGGAUGGAAAAUGUGUGGAGUACCUGUUGAGGAACGACGCCUAUCCAGGAAUGAGAGACAAGCAGGGUUACAGUGCUGUGCACUACGCCUCAGCUUAUGGACGCACACUCUGCCUGGAACUGAUGGCAAGUGAGACACCUCUCGAUGUGUUGAUGGAGACAUCCGGAACAGACAUCAUGAGUGACUCAGAGAGCCAGGCCCCCGUCAGUCCGCUCCACCUGGCGGCUUACCAUGGACACUGUGGCGCUUUAGAGGUUCUCUUGUCGUCCUUACUGGAAGUGGAUGUUUGCAGCCCAGAAGGCCGAACACCCCUCAGCCUGGCCUGCUCCAAGGGCCACCAGGAGUGCGUCUCUAUGCUGCUGCACCAUGGCUCCUCCCCCAUGACCUGUGACUAUACACAGAAGAAGACAGCCAUCCACGCUGCAGCUAUGAAUGGCCACCCAGAGUGCCUGCGCCUGCUCAUAAGCACCAACAACCAACACAUUAAUGUGGAUGUACAAGAUGCCAAUGGACAGACCCCUCUGAUGUUGGCAGUGCUAAAUGGACACACAGAGUGUGUGUACUCUCUGCUCAGCCAAGGAGCCAGUGUCGACAAUCAGGACCGCUGGGGGAGGACGGCCCUCCACCGAGGGGCGGUGACCGGCCAGGAGGAGAGUGUGGAGGCUCUCCUGCAGCGUGGGGCCAGUGUGUGUGUCGGAGACAUCCUGGGCCGCUCCCCUGUCCACCUGGCGGCCGCCUGUGGCCGUGUGGGUGUCCUGGGGGCCCUUCUGCAGGCCACCAGCAGCACCACCUCACACACACACCUCACUGACAACCAGGGCUACACACCACUGCACUGGGCCUGCUACAACGGAUAUGACGCCUGCGUGGAGGUGCUGUUGGACCAAGAAGUGUUCAAGAAGAUUAAGGGCAACUCUUUCAGUCCCCUGCACUGUGCCGUUAUGAGCGACAAUGAGGGCGUGGCUGAGAUGUUAAUUGACUCCAUGGGCACAACUAUUGUCAACACCACUGACUCCAAGGGCAGGACCCCCCUUCACGCCGCAGCUUUUUCCAACCACGUGGAGUGCGUUUCCCUCCUGCUGAGCCAGGGAGCUCAGGCAAACAUCGUUGACACACACAUAAGCAGCACACCGCUGAUGAUGGCCGCUCUGAACGGACAGACCAAUACUGUGGAGAUGUUGGUGAGCAGUGCCAAAGCAGACUUCACCCUGCAGGAUACAAACAGGAACACAGCAUUACACCUGGCGUGCAGCAAGGGUCAUGAGACGAGUGCCUUGUUGAUUCUGGAGAAGAUCAGCGAUAAGAACCUCAUCAACUGCACCAACACGGCUCUCCAGACGCCCCUGCAUGUAGCAGCCAAGAAGGGAUUGACAGUGGUGGUCCAGGAGCUGCUGAGGAAAGGAGCCAGUGUGUUGGCAGUGGACGAGAACGGUUACACUCCUGCUCUGGCCUGCGCUCCCAAUCGUGACGUGGCUGACUGUCUCGCACUCAUCCUCAACUCCAUGAUGCCCACCUCCCCGAUGGUCACCAUAGCAGCUUCGCUUGCAAACUCUCUCACUCAGACAGUCAUCAACCACCACCCCACCAACAACCACGUCUCCAAAGGCGUGGCCUUCGAUGCCCCUCCCUCUCUGAGGCCUGACCAUGCUUCGUACUCCAGACCGGAGCGGUCGCUGACCUCCGUCUCUGGCGAUGAUGAACUGAAUGACUCCGAUUCGGAGACAUACUGAGGACAGACCUGCUAUUGGACAGAGCCCCACCCGACUGACCAGCUAGCCCGCCACUCAGGAACCUUAAUAGAUCACUGACGAGGAACUAAAAGAGGGAGAAAAUAGCGCCAGUGUGGUCAUUAUUUGUAGGUAAGCUUCUUUAAUCUAAAAGUAACCUUUGUUCCAAAUAAGUGCAUACCCAUGGGGUGAAAAGGAAUGUACUAAAAAACAGAAUAAGGUGAGACACCAUCACUGUAGGGUCAGUAACGUGGCCAGUGUCUUUUUAAUUUCCAAGCAACGGUUUCCUUUUUAAAUUAAGUAUCUACACUUUGCUGAUACUUCUUGGAGUGGUUUGAAGCCUUUUCACAUGUUUUCCUUCAAUUAACACGAGAAGAGCGUCUACUGGAGAGACGCUCGGAGGACCUUUAUCGGCAUUAUUGUCUAAAGAAAAAGACAGAUGAUAAUUUUAUGGGACCAGGAGAUUGAUUACUGUUUUCCUUACUGUCCUUGAGUUUUUAUUCCUGGCAGAUACUGAUGGCUGUCACUCACGCACAUUGCUAAUGCUGCGUCCGUGUUCACCACGUUCCAAUUCCUUGGAGAAGUCAUUAUUUAAUCGUUUAAUCGAAUCUAUGGGAACCGCUCAGGGCAGCAGGCGACUGUCAGACGCAUUUACUUGAUGAUUGGUCCAGGAGUCAUUUGAUAGAUGACCCCAAUUAGCUGCUUAAGGUAACUACUCAAUGACUGUGUACUGUACAAGAGACUGGGGACAGGGGCUGACACUGUGUGUGUGUGUGUGGUGUGAGUGUGAGCGCGUGUGUUGAGAGAGAGAACAUUGAUAAAUAUUGACUUUAAAAAAACAACAAAAACUUUCAGGCAGAGGAUGAACGCUACUAGUGAAGUUUGUAAAGAUUAAGUAUUGAAUAAAUAAAGGGAUUUGUUUUUUA